AGUUCCCUCCCGUGAUCCCUUACGCCCAGCCUUCCCGCGCUCUUCAGGGUAGGGGUUUGGCUCAUCAUGGAUGCUUGUGGAGCACAGGCAUAUUCCCCCGAGCGAGCCUGGCUGGAGGCUGCCCGGACCUUCAUCCAAGAGACCCUUUUUCCUGCUGGUGAGGAGCCUGAUAAACAGUUGAUUCAGUCAGUGAUUGAUUGUGUGAAGAAAACAUGGCUGUCCCAGAGGGAGAACCAGGAUUUUACACUGCCCCUCGGCUACAGCUUUGUCUCGGUCCAGAAUCUCAAGAGCCACCAGCAUCUCCCAUGCUGCAGCCACUUGUCCUGGAGCAGUAAUGCUUUCCAGGCUUGGUCCCAAGGAGCCGGGCCAGGGGCCAGUGUCCUGCCCCGACAGCAGCUGUUACUUUUAGGGACACUAAUAGACCUGCCUGGGGAUUUGGAGCCAGAGUGCAUGAGUGGAAGCCUGUACGUGAGAGAUAACACUGGAACCCUGGGCUGUGAGCUUAUAGAGCUAGACCUUUCCUGGUUGGGCCAUCUCUUCCUGUUCCCCAGUUGGAGUUACCUCCCUCCUGCCAAGAAGAGUUCCUUGGGGGAAGGGCACCUGGAGCUGUGGGGGACACCAGUGCCAGUACUUCCUUUGGCUGUCAGUCCUGGCCCUCCCACACCUAUCCCCGUCCUCUACCCAGAAAAGGCAUCCCGCUUGCUCAGAUACAGAAAGAAGAACAAAGUAAAGGAGCCAAAUCUGGCUGGGAAGCUGGUCCGUUUGAGCGCCCUGGUGACAACUCAGAACAAAAGGUACUUCAUUGCCACACUUGGUGAAUUAACCGAAGCCCACGGCCAAGCUGGCAGCCAGGUGUCCAUCAUUGUGCAGAUUCCUCAUCAGAUGGUGUGGCACCGAGUCCUUCGGCCUGGUAGGGCCUAUGUGCUGACAAAAUUGCGGGUAACCAAGACCCAAGGUCACCAUUGCUAUAUUUGGACAACCACUCCAUCUUCAGAUCUGAUACCACUGAGACCAGAGUAUGUGCGGGACCUGGAACUUGAUACAUUGUUCUUGGAAGCUGACCUUACACCACUUCCCCAACCCACAAACUCCAAAGACAGUAGUGGGCAAGAAGGUCUUGUCCGGGAUUCCAAAGUCUUACAUUAUUUGGGAACAGUCACUGAUGUGUUGAACGAGUCUGCCGGCCUCUACAUGCUAGAUGAGCAGCUGAUUCUCUGCCUCGCAUAUCAGCAGAUCCAUGGCCUCAGGCGGGUGAUUCGACCAGGGGUUCAUCUGGAGCUCCGAGAUGUUCAUCUCCUCCAGGCCGUGGGUGGAGGAGCAGCAAAACCCGUACUAGCACUCUGUCUCCAUGGUACCAUUCUUCUUCAAAGCUUUUCUCGCCUUAAGCCUGAGGCUUUGCCAUCCUACAAAGUUCAUGGUGCCUCCCUGUAUAAGCAACUCGUGUGGGAAUGUCAGUUAGGACUUCCCUUAUACUUAUGGGCUGUCAAGACGCUGAAGGAGCUGGCCCACAAGCUGUGUCCCUAUGUGUUGGGUUACCACCAGUUCCUGAAGCACUCCUCUCCUGGGAACCCCAGCUUGGCACUGCAGCUCCUGGCUCCCUCCUGGGACGAGCUCGUUUCACCUGUCAGCCCCGUUCGGCAUGCACACAGUGAGAUCCUGGAAGAGCCACAUAACUGUCCCCAUCAGAAAUAUACUCAGCUGCAGACUCCCUACUCUUUCCCUACUUUAUUAGACCUGGCAAAGGAAGGACAGCAUAGGGCUUGGGCUGCCUUUGACCCAAAGGCCCUUCUGCCUCUCCCAGAAGCUGCACACAUGACCAGCAGCCAGCUGAAUCGCCACCUAGCCUGGUCCUGGCUCUGCCUGCCAUCCUGUGUGUUCCAGCCAGCGCAGGUUCUCCUUGGGGUGCUGGUGGCUUCGUCUCAUAAAGGCUCCCUGCAGCUGCGGGACCUGAGUGGUUCAGUGCCCUGCAUGCCCUUGUCUGAUACUUCACAGCCCCUCACUGACCCAAAGCUCAUAGGCUGCCUGGUACGGGUAGAGAAAUUCCAGCUGGUGGUAGAGAGAGAAGUCAGGAGCAGCUUCCCUUCCUGGAAGGAGCUGGGCAUGAAAGACCUCAUCCAGAAGAAGCAGGCCAGAGUCUACAUCCAGUUCUUCCUGGCUGACGCACUGAUCCUGCCUGUGCCCAGAGCCACCUUUGGUUCAGAGUCACCUCAGACAGACUCCUCCUGCCCAGAGGGACCCCAUGUUGGACAGAGCCGGCUAUUUUUGGUGUCCCACAAGGAAGCCCUCAUGAAACGUAAUUUUUGUGUCCUUCCGGGAGCCAGCUCACAGCCUCCUAAGCCCACCCUGAGUUUUUGCGUGUCAGGAACUUGGCUUUGUGGUACGCAGAGGAAGGAAGGGUCUGGAUGGGGCCCACCCGAGUCUCUAGGUGUUGGCAACAAGUAUCAGAAGGUCUCCCUCAUCUUCCUUGGCCCUUCAGUUCGAUGGUUUCCAUUCUUGUACCCAAACCGAGUCUACCGCCUUGUGGCUCCUGGCCCCUCACAGACAUCAAUGUUUGAGACAUCUCAGCAUCCUCUGGAACUGGCUGGCACACAGUCCUGCCUCACUGUCCCAAAGGAGUGGACCCUGGAACUUGGGAGCUCUCAGGACAUACCUAAUGUACUAGAUAUCUCCAGAGCACUGCCCGAGUCCCCGCUGACACAUCUGCUUAGUGACAACUUCUCCAAUUCCUUGGUGUCUUUCUCUGCUGAAAUUUUGUCACGGAUCCUAUGUGAACCACCUCUGGCCCUUCGCCGAAUAAAGCCUGACAAUGCUGGGGCUGUUAAAACGGGGGUGAAGCUAACAGUAGCUCUAGAAAUGGAUGCCUGUGACUAUCCCCCUCACCUGGACAUAUAUAUCGAAGAUCCACACUUGCCUCCCCAAAUAGGACUCCUCCCAGGAGCUCGAGUCCACUUUAGCCAGCUGGAGAAAAAGAUUUCCAGGUCCAACAUUGUUUACUGUUGUUUCCGGCCAACCACUUCCGUGCAGGUCCUGAGCUUUGCCCCAGAGACCAAAGCCAGGGCUCCCCUGCCCCACAUCUACCUGGCUGAACUUCUCCAAGGAGGAAGCGUGCCGUUCCAGGCCACCACCUCUUGCCAUAUCGUUCUUGUCUUGAGCCUUCAGAUACUGUGGGUGUGUGCUCACUGCACCAGCAUCUCUCCCCAGGGGAGAUGUAGUCGUCAGGACCAUAAUUGUCCAGCUCAGACGGCUGUAAGCCAGGCCAGUGUCAGGCUUUUGGUAGAAGAUGGUACCGCGGAAGCCACAGUGUCCUGUAGGAAUCAUCACGUAGCAACAGCGCUAGGGUUGAGUCCUAGCCAGUGGACCUCAGUCCUAGAGUAUGCACGGGGCCCAGGGAGAGUGGCUUUGCAAUUUAAAGGUUUGGGAGCCCAGACAGAGUCUUCGAGCAAAACCCAGGAACCUUUGGCCCUGUUCCUGCGGACACUUUGUGCCAGCCCCUCUGUCCUCCGACCUGUUAAGCUUUCCUUCGCACUUGAGAAGAGACCUUCUGAUGUCACCCCAGCAGAACCGGCCCGGCUGCAGCACUUCCAGUGUGGAGAGCUCCCUCUGCUGACCAAGGUGAAUCCCAGGCUCCGGCUGGUCUGCCUUUCCCUGCAGGAGCCCGAGCUCCCCGGCCUUCCAGAAGCUUCUGCUGCUUCCUCCUGACUGGAGCUGCGGUCACGGACUAGGGCCCCACUGCCCUUUCUAGUAUGGGCCUGCCUUGGGAGCACUAUGAGGACAGCAAUCGCCGCAUGAUGUAGACUUUUCUUCACGUCCGGCUUGGAGGCCUGCACCCCUAGGUGGCCCUGAGGACUUGGGGUCUGCCUUGUGUGGAAAGCACAACAGAAAACUUGUUCCUAUGUCCAUGCUGUAUGAGC